CCCGCGGGGCUGGCGAGGGUGCGGGGCCGGCACAGCCGAGCCUGCCCGGACAAGGAGCCUUCCCGCUUCCCGCCCUCUCCCGCGGAGCAGGAGCCGCCUUUGUGAGGAGGGAGGCGGGCGGGGCGGCCCUCCCGACCGGAGCCGCGGCGCGCAGGGGCGAAGGCCCUGGGGCUUCAGCUCGGGGCCGCGCACACGGCUGCCCUUGAUGUCCCAGUGCGUGGCCGUCAGGCUGCGCUGGAGCGGCCUCGGGGAGGUCGGCGCCGUCCCCGGGCGUGGCGCCCCGCCGCCUGCGGCUGAGCCCUCCGUCUCCCCCUUCAGUGUGCGGACGAUGCCGAAGCUGCAGGGCUUCGAGUUCUGGAGCCGCACCCUGGGGGGGGCUCGCCACGUGGUAGCGCCCAUGGUGGACCAGAGCGAGCUGGCCUGGAGGCUGCUGAGCCGCCGACACGGGGCCCAGCUCUGCUACACGCCCAUGCUGCACGCCCAGGUCUUCGUGCGCGACGCCAACUACCGGAAGGACAACCUGUACUGCGAAGUGUGCCCCGAGGACCGGCCGCUCAUCGUGCAGUUCUGUGCCAAUGACCCAGAGGUGUUUGUCCAGGCGGCUCUCCUGGCCCAGGAUUACUGUGAUGCCGUCGACCUGAAUUUGGGUUGCCCGCAGAUGAUAGCCAAGCGAGGUCACUACGGGGCCUUCCUGCAGGAGGAGUGGGACCUGCUCCAGAGAAUGAUUCUGCUGGCACAUGAGAAGCUCUCUGUCCCCGUCACGUGCAAAAUCCGUGUCUUCCCAGAGAUUGACAAGACCGUCAAGUACGCUCAGAUGCUGGAAAAGGCCGGCUGUCAGCUGCUGACCGUGCACGGGCGCACCAAGGAGCAGAAGGGGCCGUUGUCGGGCACCGCGUCCUGGGAGCAUAUCAAGGCUGUGCGGAAGGCGGUAACCAUCCCCGUGUUUGCCAACGGGAACAUCCAGUGCCUGCAGGACGUGGAGCGCUGCAUCCGGGACACGGGAGUGCAGGGGGUCAUGAGCGCAGAAGGUAACCUGCACAACCCUGCCCUGUUUGAGGGCCGCAGCCCUGCCGUGUGGGAGCUGGCCGAGGAAUACCUGGACAUCGUGCGGCAGCACCCCUGCCCCCUGUCCUGCGUCCGGGCCCACCUCUUCAAGCUGUGGCACCACACGCUGCAGGUGCACCGGCAGCUUCGGGAGGAGCUCGCCAAAGUGAAGACCCUGGAGGGCGUCGCGGCCGUGAGCCAGGAGCUGAAGCUGCGGUGUCAGGAGGAUAUGUCCAGGCAGAAGGAGGGAGAGAAGCCCCCUGGCGGCUUGCCUUUCUUCCACUGGAUCUGUCAGCCCUAUUUCCGGCCAGGGCCCAGGGAAGGGAGCAAGGAGAACGGGGGUGCCCGCAGCAAGCGGGCCCUGGAGGAAGAGGAGGCUGGCACAGAUGUCCUGUCCAAGAACAAGCAGAAGAAGCAGCUGAGGAACCCCCACAAGACCUUCGACCCCUCGCUGAAGCCAAAAUAUGCAAAGUGUGAUCAGUGUGGAAACCCAAAGGGCAACAGAUGCGUGUUCAACCUGUGCCGGGGCUGCUGCAAGAAGCGAGCUUUCAGAGAGGCCGCAGAUUGCCCAGGUCACGGAUUGCUUUUUAAAACCAAAUUGGAGAAGUCUCUGGCCUGGAAGGGGGCCCGGCAGCUUUCCUGAGGUGGUGGGCGGCACCCUGGCCCGAAGGGCAGCUGGAGCCCGACAUGCAGCCCCCCCACCCGAGGCCCCGGGGCUGCUGCUGAAGCCUCACCACGUCCCGCCGGAGGAAACGCCUUUACUCAGGGAAUCUCCCGCUACUCCACACACGGAAGGAUGAGCUGGUCUUGCCCUCGCCUACGCCGGGAGCCCGGAAAUGCUGCACCGGGGAGCAGGCUCCCAGGCUGGACCUGCCCCCUCCUAGCAACGUGUGUGUCCAAAAGCGAACAAUAAAUCAUUUCAAAGAUG